CAAGUACUCUAGCAUUGAUAAAUUAACUACAUCUACUCAUCCCGCAUCCUACUCAUACCCGGUUGUAUCCUUUGGUGUAAUCAAUUUAUCCUCAACAUUCUCUUAGCUCAUCAUGGUGUUCAAGCUAGCACAGCCGGAUGUUUCUCAUAAUGUGGUUACAGCGACGAUUCGAAUCAGAAGAGGCAAGAAGUUCCCUGAAGGUGCUGAUGUUCCCACUCCUGAACGUCCUUUCCAUUACAGUCCCAAUCAUGAAAUCAAGAAUGGUUGUCCCGUAUAUACAACGAUGAACGAAGCAAAACAAGCGGCGCAAGAAUAUUACCAAACUACUGAAUGGGUUGUCACUGUAAAACACUUUCUGGAGUACAAGAAAUAUAUGGAAUCCAAUGGUAAUGAACCCAUCAAAUGUGAGAUGAAGUACUAUUCCGGUGCCAUUGAUCAGUGGCCUGUGCGGGCAAUUCAUGGUGGUCUUUCUAAAAUCAUUGAAGAAGCACACACGUCAACCAAACAACGUUACGCCUGUCUCUCUGUUGCUGAAUGUGCAUGGAUUAUUGGUGCUUGGCUUGAUGACGGUACAGCUGGUAAACCAAUUUUUACUGUGGCUGAUUAUGAACCAGAAAUAGACCAGAAACUUGAAGCUAUAGGACGCAAGAUGGGCUUAUCUGUUGUAAAAGCUGAUGAAGAUUCUCGUACUUACCGAAAUCUACAGGACGUUCGUUGUCAUACAAUUCUUCUUUCUUCAUUGACUGGUACUCCUCGUGCAACAGCUCGUGAUGAUGGUGAAUCUAUUAUCAAGUACCGACCCUCAAACAGAUCUGCUGAUAAUCCUUUGGUUUAUAUCUUGACUCGUCUUGGAUUUUACAAAGUCAAGGAACUUACUGAUGAAAAUAUUGAUUUCUUUAUUCAAGAAUCCGCUGAUGUCCGUCGUGCUCCUUUUGGCUGGUCUGGUGGAUACUGAUGGUUACAAACAUGAGUUUGGUUAUAAAUUUACUCGAUCUAGGUUACGCCGGUCUUUCUGCUGAUUAUGAACACGAAAUGAACAAACAACUUCAGGUUAUUGGACUUAAAAUGGGUUUAACUACUGCACGGCCUCUAUUCUCAUACUAUGAACUAACCUACUUCUUUUUUUUUUUUUUUACCCUUUUUUAUGAACAUAUAGUAGAUAGAUAUAUGAAGGAAUUUACAAUUGGGUUAACUGGAUAUAUAACAACUUUUCUAUUGGACAAAAGAAUAAGCAAAUCAGGGAAAACUAUAUCUCUUAUUCUUAUUUAGGUCUCUCUUAUCAUUGAAAUUACUUUAUUCAAUAGUUUAGUGUUUUGGCCAGUGGUUUAUACUACAUUAUCUUGUAC